UUAGUUGGUAAAAUAUUGAAAAGUGUGUGUCGAGAUCGCGAACAUGCAGCGGGUUCUCAGCUUUCAAAUGGCUCGUGGAGUGAGCGAGUCCAGCGAGUUUGUGACAAAACGUAUGUGCUUCUCGCUUAUAUUUUCCGUCAGUUUUCUUUCCUUGCUGUGUGGAUUUUUACUUGGCCGUUUCGCUACGCAAAGAGCCAUCGAAUUUCGUGCAGAGAAGAAACGUAUCGAGUUAGCGGGAAAUGGCCUGGAGAACACCGAGUAUCUUCAACGUUUGAUGCUUGAGCAACUAGAAAGAGCACCGCUUGAUCCUGAUUUCGAAAUAAAAUGGGAUUCUUUCCACCUAAAGGAAGAUGAUAUACUUCGGGUGAAUGGUAUCCUAUCGAAUUUAUCGCUUAUUCAUAAUGUCGUUAAACACCAAUCGUACAUCGUAGCAACCGCUCGAGGAUCUAGAGAACCUGACAGGUACGUGGUUGUGUCCGCUAGCGGAGAAGGUGUUGGUGUUGCUUUAGAAUUGGCAAAAAUUUUUAAUGAAAUUCAAGGAGAAUAUAAAUGGAAACCUCGUCGAUCCCUUAUUUUUUGUCUAUUUUCGGGAUCAUUGAAUCCCUGUCCAGAAAUAUUGUCCAGUUUUAUGUCUCACAGAAUUGUGGCUUACAUUGUAGUACAUCAUCAAGCUUUGCAAGGUAAAGGUCCUUUUAUUGUAUCUGGAUCAGACAUAAUACAAUCUAUAGUUCUGGAAUCUGCUAGCAUUGUGAAGAGUUCAUUCUCUUACAAUGAUCAAUUAUUAUCCUUAAACAACACAUUUCAUAAUGUCACAACUUCUCGGCUUGCAUUAGAAAUACCUCAUGCAGUAUUGUCCUUUACUAAUUACAGUGUCACAUACAAUGAAAAUCAUCAUGAAAAAGAAUUACGUAAAAUAAUUUUAGCACAAAUACUAGGACAAACUGUUUGGAGGCUCUCUGAAUGUUUAGUUAUAAAAUGGAAUCCAAAUUACUUGAAUGAAAUUGCUUCUAAAGCAUUACAAUCUAUAAAUAAUACUGAAUUGGUAGAAGUUAAAGGAAAAGUACAAGAAAUUUUGGUUGAUUUGACAACUAAUGUCAAAACUUUAAAUGGGAAGAUUGAUACAAUUGAGAAUAUCAACACUCUUGAUACAAGAAUACUGAACGAUUUGCUGAUAGAUUUGGACAGAGUUCUUCUGUGUUCUGAUAAGCAACAUCAAUCUAGAACUGAUUGGACAGAAUUCUUUAGACUACAUCGCGAGCCUUUUAACAUAAUCUUAAUGUACAUUAAUGAGAUGAUAAAAUGUUAUGAAAAUGCUAUACAACUUUUACAAAAUCGAUAG